GAGCCUCGUACUGAGCAGGCGUCAGAAGAAGAAGCAGCGCGUCAUCCAUCUUGUGGCGAAGCAGUUCAGCGAGCGUCUGAUCAAACGUUGUUUGUUAUUGUGGAAGAGAACCAACCAUCAUGGGAGCCGUCCUGGGACUGUGCUCCAUGGCGAGCUGGGUCCCCUGCCUGUGCGGCAGCGCCCCCUGUCUGCUGUGCCGGUGCUGCCCCAGCGGCAACAACUCCACCGUCACCCGCCUCAUCUACGCCUUCUUCCUGCUGCUGGGGGUGGGCGUCGCCUGCGUCAUGCUGAUGCCCGGCAUGGAGGGCCAGCUCAAGAAGAUCCCAGGGUUCUGUGAGGGAGGGAUGGGCUCGUCCAUCCCCGGCGUGGAGGGCCACGUGAACUGCGACGUCCUGGUCGGCUACAAGGCCGUGUACCGCGUUUGCUUCGGGAUGGCCAUGUUCUUCCUCCUCUUCUCUCUGCUGAUGAUCAAAGUGAAGAGCAGCCAGGACCCCCGGGCUGCUCUGCACAACGGCUUCUGGUUCUUCAAGUUUGCUGCAGCUGUCGCCAUCACUGUGGGAUCGUUUUUCAUCGCAGAAGGCCCCUUUACUACGGUGUGGUUCUACAUUGGCAUGUCCGGAGCCUUCUGCUUCAUCCUCAUCCAGCUGGUGUUGCUGAUCGACUUUGCCCAUUCGUGGAACGAGUCUUGGGUGGAGAAGAUGGAGGAGGGCAACUCGCGCUGUUGGUAUGCAGCGCUGCUCUCAGUCACAGCACUGAACUACCUGCUGUCUCUGGUGUCUCUGGUCAUGUUCUACAUCUACUACACCCACUCUGAUGGCUGCACUGAGAACAAAGUCUUCAUCAGCAUCAACAUGCUGCUGUGUAUCGCUGCAUCUGUUAUGUCCAUCCUGCCUCAGAUCCAGGAGUCCCAGCCCAGGUCUGGUCUGCUGCAGUCCUCCCUGGUUACCCUGUACACCAUGUACCUGACCUGGUCUGCCAUGACCAAUGAGCCUGACAGGAAGUGUAACCCGAGCCUGCUGGGCAUCAUCGGACUGAACACCACCACUCCUGCAGGACAGGACCACGUGGUUCAGUGGUGGGAUGCGCAGGGGAUUGUGGGAUUGAUCCUUUUCCUUAUGUGUGUCCUCUACUCCAGCAUUCGUAACUCAUCCAACGCGCAGGUGAACAAACUGACUCUGACCAGUGACGAGUCUGCGCUGAUCGAGGAUGGACCUCAGCCUGACAGCUUCGAGGAGGGCAGUGGCCUCAACAGGGCCGUGGACAAUGAGAAGGACGGCGUCACCUACUCGUACUCUUUCUUCCACUUCAUGCUGUUCCUGGCUUCGCUCUACAUCAUGAUGACGCUCACCAACUGGUACAGCCCUGACUCCAACUAUGAGGCCAUGACGAGCAAGUGGCCCUCUGUGUGGGUGAAGAUCUCGUCCAGCUGGAUCUGCAUCGCCCUCUAUGUCUGGACUCUGGUGGCUCCGCUAGUCCUGGUCAACAGAGACUUUGACUGAAACCUCCACGUGGCCCGUGCUCAGUUAAGCUCCACUUCACUGUUUUUAGUUUGACAAGGUCAUUAACAGUAGACUCCUACAUUCACAUCAGCUAGCGCUGGAGCCUGCACUCAGACUGUCUCUGGGUCCUGUCCCAGCUCUGACUGCAGCCCAGUGGCGCCAUCGAGUUCCCCUGCACUGUAAAUACGUCCUGUGUGACCUGCAUGCUUUCCCUUGAACGCUUGAUGUGUAUUAACAUUAGCUGUAUGUGAAGCUUUUGCCAGGAUUGUGAUGAUGCUUUGAACCGUGCGCCCCCGUGUGGGCAGCGUCAGUGUUACAGACAGUAAAAUGACGGAAGCCUGGCGCUGUCAGACUGAAGUGGAAAGCGAGAGUUCAGCUCCGUGUUCCAUCAUCAGCUGCUCUCGACUCACGGACAACAAGGCUUUCCUCUUUUUGCUGCUUGGAUGUAAAAGAAAAUUGCUACAUUGAGUUGUGAACCCUGUACUGUAGAUAAGUUAUUUGAUUGUCUUCUGAUUUGUUGUGGCUGUACCUUUUGUGUGAUUCCUUCACAUUUUCUCCCUUUUGACAUGUAAAAGUAAAUUAAAGUCGUUUAAUAAAACUAAUUAAAAAGGA